AUGGGAUCACAAAUGAAUAGAGGGCCAAAGAAAAUAAUUCCUGGAGAUGAUGAUGAAGGCGAAAUAUAUCCGGGAUUUUCUCUUGAUAAUAUUUUAAAUGGCGGAACUGGAGGCACUGGAAGAAGUAUGUCUCCUGGCCGUUCUAAUUUUAAUAAUAAUAUGGGUGGAGGUGGUAGUGGAUAUUAUGGUAUGGGUAAUCAAAUGUCAGGAGGAAUGGGUCCAAUGAAUCCAGGCAUGGGAGGAGGAAUGGAAAUGGGUGGAGGUAUGGGUGGCAGUCAAGGCUCAAUGAUGAACCUUGGGAUGAUGCCUGGGGGUAUGAUGGAUACUGGGGAUGUUUUGGGUGGAUAUGGCUCUAAUUACGGUUCUGAAAAAAGACUAGAUGUUCUUGAAAUGGGGCCAAAUGAUAAUUUCAAGCCACAGCGACAAUCACAAUCAAAUAAUAUGAGACAAAUGGCACAACCACAAGAUUCUAUGCCACGAAUAUCAAUACCUCCAUAUUCUGCCGAAGGGGAUGACGAUAAGGAAGUAAAACCGAUAAUUAGACCAUUAAAGCGUUAA